UGCUUCUAGUACUAAAGGUGAUAGUGGAGCGACUAUGUUUACUUAUAAAGAUUUGAAAUCUGUAAGUCUUAAUGGUAUACACACUGGAGGUAAUGAUGAACGUGUUAGUACAAGUUUACCAAUCGAAAUAAUUCGUGAUAAAUUUAAAGUAAAACUUGUCACGAUAAAUGGUUAA